AUGACUGUUGACAACAAAGAAACCUCCUACGUGUUCCAAAAACAAAUCAACGACAAGGGCCUGCUCUGUGUCGGUGCCAAGGGCGACGGUAUGUACCUCGUUCUGGAAAACCCGCACACCAAGGAGCAGAAGGUGUUGUUCGACGCUGUUUCAGGAGCAGCCGUCAACUCGCUUCCUCACCAGGACCCAGAAAUUACUGAGGCCAUGGGCCAAUUCGCCAAGGAGUCCGUUUACACUUUUGGUGCCUACUACGCCAACUACGCUGCUGAAGACCUUGGAAAGUUCCUUUGCGAGAAGUCCGGCGGCGAUUUCGCGUCUGCUCUGUGGACCAGCUCGGGUAGCGAGGCCAACGAGAACGCCAUGAAGAUUAUCAAGCAAUACCACAACGAGCUCAAGGACUACAAGAGAUGCAAGUUCAUUGGCAGAAAACAGUCGUACCACGGCUUCACCACCGGAACGCUGGCCAUCGGUGACGGAUCCAGAAAAUACCAGUUUGCCGACAUUCUGAUCGAUGAAUCUAAGACUCCAAAGGUGUCUCCAGUGUACCCUUACAGAAACCAAAAACCGGGCCAAACCGAGGAGGAAUACACUAAGGAGCUGCUGGACGAGCUGGAGCAGACUUUCAUUGACAACGACCCUAGCACGAUCGCCGGAAUGAUCAUCGAGACCGUCGGCGGCUCGACUUUCGGCACCUCCGUGCCAACCAAGGGCUAUCUGGACGGCUGCAGAGAGAUCUGCCACAAAUAUGGUGCCCUGUUCAUGCUGGACGAGGUCAUGUGUGGUCUAGGAAGAUGCGGCUACCCAUUCACCUACAAGUCGCCAGAAUUCGGUCUGUCUUCGGGCGGACCAGACCUCUGCUCGGUCGGCAAGACCAUUGGCUCGGGCUUCGUCACUCUUGCUGGCCUGCUGAUCUCGCCAGGCGUGAAAAAAGUCUUUGCCGAGGGCUCUGGAAGCAUUCUCGGCGCCCAGACCUACCACUCGCACGACUUCAACUGCAGAGUCGGCCUGGCCGUCCAAAAAAAGAUCUACAGAGACAACCUGAUCGAGAACGUCAGAAUCAACGGUGCAUACCUCAAGGAACAGCUCAAGCUCAAGCUCAAGGACGCCAAAUACGCCGGCGACGUGCGCGGAGCAGGAAACUUCCUUUCUGUCGAGGCCGUCAAGGACAAGGCCACCAAGGAGCCGUUCGAUCCAAAGGAGAAGGUCGGUACCCAGCUCGGCAACUUCUGUUUCGAAAGAGGCAUGACCAUCAUGGGUGUCACAGGCACCAUCGAGAGCAAGCUCGUCAACAACUCCGAGCUCGUCUGUAUCGGCGAUCACGUGACCAUCGCUCCAGCGUACACGUUCACCAAGGAGCACUGCGACUUCAUUGCUAACACCAUUGCCGGCGCCUUUGCCGACUUGGAGAAGAAGUAUGCUGCCUGA